GGCGCGAGAAGAUUGGCUUCAACACAGCCAGCGUUCGAGCUCGAGAUCCUCGAGCCGGUCACUGUACACUCCGUAAUCACACCGCGCACUAGUGCCAGCGCUCGAGCUCCAGCGACACAGCGCGCGCUCGGCAUUUUGUUUGUUAUUCACGGACCUCAAUAUGAUUUUCUUGCUUUAAUUUCCUCAGAUGAUUUUAAACUGCCGACGAGCGGAGGUUUCAUAUGUAGCAGCGGGACAGGCUUGGCGACACCAGUGCACACAGAGCGAGGCUUCAGCCUAUUAUAACCCGGGACACCGGACAUUAUUCCUACACCAGAGAACGGUACUUUGGAUUACUUUGACGUAGAGUUUAUCAGUGGAAUACACCGUAAAUGUUACUAUAAUAUUUUAUUUUCUGAUUCUUUGCAUGUCCUUUUCCUUUAGUGGAUAAUACAGCCCUCGCUUUACACUAGAGCGGAUGCAGGCACUUCUGUGCGCUUUGCGCAGGUUAUAGCGACAGGAAAAGCUGUAAAUUGUAAUAGAAUAACAGAAUAGAAAAUUCAAGGGGACAUUUAUUUAACUUAGAACUAAACCCCAACUUAUUCAUCAUUGUCUUGGACCGAGCCCUGUGCCUUUCUGAACUCAGACAACCCCGUGUAGUGCGAAUCAGGAUUAGGAUGCAUCGCAGCUGAAGCCACGAGUCCGGGACUUUUGUGUUGAAAUCGGAUCGGACUUACUGAGGAUCGAGGCAGGAGCCGAAUCAUGAUGUGUCCUGGCGGUGCGAUGCUGAUCCUGCUCCCCUUGCUGUGCAUGCUUUGCAGAGCCUCCCGGGCAGCAACCCUGGGCGGGCUAGGAGACAGAGAGAUUCUUGGUCCAGAGCAGUUCGGUGGUGUGACCAACAUCAGCACCUUCCUACUGGACCAUUCAUCGGGCAUGUUGUUCCUUGGUGCCAGGGAUGCUAUACUUGCUGUGGACACCAACAAUCUGAACCAGCAACCACGAAAGAUUAUUUGGGAUGUGCCGGAGGAGAAAAGGAGGUCUUGUGUGGCCAAGGGAAAGACCGAGGUCGACUGCAACAAUUACAUCCGUCUGCUGGAGUUUCUGGAUGACAGACGCAUCUAUGUGUGUGGCACCUAUGCCUUUGAUCCCCAGUGCAGCUUCUUGGAGCUCUCCUCCUUCACCCUGGAGAAAGCUAAGGAUGGAGGGGUGAAGAUGGAGACGGGGAAGGGCAAGUGUCCCUUUGAGCCCAGUCAGCACUACACGGCUGUUAUGGCAGGGGGUAACCUGUACACAGCAGCCACCAGUAACUUCCUGGGAACUCUGUUUGACAUCUCCCGGGCAACGGGCCCUGAGCAGGAGCGUAUCCGAACUGAACAAUCCAUCAACUGGCUGAGCGACCCAGAGUUCGUGAGCUCAGCCUUCAUAGAGCAGUCUGCAGACAACAACCCGACAGGAGAUGAUGACAAGAUCUACUUCUUCUUCACUGAGGUGGCCAAAGAGUAUGACCUCUACACCAAAGUCAAAGUGCCCAGGGUAGCACGAGUCUGCAAGUCUGAUGUGGGAGGGAUGAAGACUCUGCAGCGGCGUUGGACCACCUUCCUCAAGGCUGAGCUGGCGUGCGAGGACAAACCCAGUGGUCGACGCUAUAACAUCUUGACAGAUGUUUUCACCACACAACACACACCACACGACCCCAGCAGUACACAUUUCUAUGGACUGUUCACCUCCCAGUGGGAGCAUGAAGAGUUAUCAGCAGUGUGUGUUUUCAGUCUGUCUGACAUCAACAAAGCGAUGGAUGGUCCCUUUAAAGAGCUAAAGAAGACCUGUGAGAACUGGAUCAACCCUGAACCUGUCCCCACACCAAGACCUGGCCAGUGUUUGAACAAUGAUUUGAAGGCUAAAGGGUUUGAGUCCUCCCUAAAACUUCCCGACAAGGUGUUGACAUUUGUGAGGGACCACCCGCUGAUGGAGAAUAGCGUCACUGCAGCGCCCCUGCUGGUCCGGAAGGGAAUCACAUACACCAAGCUGGCUGUAACGCAGACAGGCAGUGGAGAGGAGCGGAGAGGAGCAGUUUUCCAUCUUGGAACAGACCGUGGGGAGCUCCACCGGGUGGCGGUAGUGGGCCAGAAUGCCACCUUACUGCAGGAGAUUCCUCUGUUCACCUCACAGGAGCCUGUCAACAAUAUAUUAUUGUACCAGGGUGGGGCUCUGGUGGGCAGCCCUUUGUCUCUGGCUCGUGUCCACGCUGAAGGUUGCGAUCUGUAUACCAGCUGCGAGGUUUGUGCCAGAGCCAGAGGCCUUGGCUGUAUGUGGAACACAGAUGAAAAAGCCUGCAGGCCCUCAAAAGUAGAUCCUGGUCCCGGUGAUAUAAUAGAUGAAGCCUUGAAGAAAUGUGGCAUAGGAGAGGGGCGUUGCAACCCGUCCAUCAGGGAGCUGCGGGUUACUCCGGGUGUGCGCCUCCUGUUGCCAUGCAUCCAGCUGUCUCCCAGGCCCUGUAGCUGGGAGUAUCCUCCCCACCGGCACACCAAGCAGCACUACUCUGACUUGGGGGUGACUGUCACAAAGGACAACCUGGGAAAAUACAUCUGCACAUGCCAGGAGGUGGGACCAGGUAUCAGAGACCCCACCCCGUGCCGCAGAGCAGCCUAUCAUCUGACACUAGAGGACCCCAGUGCUGGAGGAGCAGUGGCCUUGACAGGAGGGCGUCAGGUCCUGGCUAUUUACAUCUUUUUGUUUUGUGGGGGUUUAGUGUGUGGAAUACUUUUCCUCUACUUUGUGACCCGUCGCAUUGGCCGCCCAGGCCACCAUCUGCCAGAUAAUUCGCUGUCGUCAGAAAAGGGGAGGAACUUGCUGGGCUCCUCAGCCACUCCACAGUCCCCUAGCAGUGCCAGCCUGCUGUCCGAGGGAUUCAGAUUGACAGAAAAACGUAACGGGACGACGACCACAACCACAUCUACAACACUCCUCAGCAACCAGGGUAAUGGUGCUCACCAUGGGAACAGCUUCAGUGGCACCCUGAUCCACAGCAACCCCAGCAAUGGCCAUGGGAAUUCCUUGUAUUCCAACAGCAACACAAGUAGCAGUGGGCUGAAGUUCCCUUCUGAAAUUUUAGCUGCAGACAUGCUGGAUGGAAGGAUGGGGGACAGGGAAACGGGGAGACCCAAGGGGUUUGAGAAGGAUUCGGGUGAGGUGGACGAUGUGGAUGAGGGCCUGGGCGAUGGGGUAGGGGAAGGGAUUAAAGGACUAGAGGAGGAACUGGCCAACUUUCCUAUUUUUAAAGCAAACGCACCGCUGGCUCAAUGUGAAGAAAGUUCAAUAUGAAAAGGUGAUGUAAAUAUACUGUCGACUGCACCGUUUUGUGUCCUCCAG